AUGUCGAACCGUGACAACGUUUACGCUUGGUUCACAACCAUGACGACUUUACAUAUCUCGGACGACAUUGAAACUGCCGAACGGGCCAGUGUCAUGUAUUAUGUAACGAAAACCCCCUCGGAAACGCAUAUUAAACAUCGAGCCGUUUUCAGCAAGUUAGACGUGGUCGCUUUACUGGGGCCGUUUUUCAAACGGGAAUCGGACGUGCCCCUUAAACUUUGCAUUUAUAUGGACAAUUUGUUCAUGGCGGUAUCUUAUUGGCUCGUACAUUACGUAGCAAAAUCAGAUUCAAUAUAUAGCAGGUUGAAUAAUACUAAUUCCGAAGUAUUUUUCGAGAAACUAAAUAAAACCGUGAUACAUUGGUUCGAAGCAGAGUUGUUAGUGAUGAGGUACUCUACUAAUUUUAUAAAUAAAUUUAAAAAAGCGACCAUAAUCUACGCUUGCUACGUGUCAAUGGCCGAAAAACGUUGCCGGUUCGACAUAGAGAUACCGACGUUUAGGUUGUUGCUCCGUCUGUGUCACAAGGUUCUUGAAUACGCCAUCACUCCCGCGAUGGUGCACCGGGGCUAUCCCCUUGUUUCUCAGCAGUGGGCUAACUUGUUUAUUUACGCUAUACGAGAUUUCGAGACGAACGAUAUUUUGUGUAACGAUAAAUUGACAAGGCUGGAAGACAAGGAGAUACCCUGGUUGGUCGAUGGGGUGGAAGAUUUUGAAUAA